GUAGGUAUUUAGAGCGUAUUUGUGGGCAAAAUUUUACCAUUGCUCCACUUGCGAUCGUUUCGAAUUCAGAAAUUGCAUAAUAUCCUUUCAGCAAUGUAUUUGACGCGUAAGAUUUUGUUGUGGUUUUCGUUGUUCAAUAUAGAUGGCUUAUUUUUUUCCAGAGAAAAUUUAGUUUUCGCUUUUGAAAACCCAUUAGCGCCAGGUCUUUCCGUUCGCACUGGCAUAAAAACUGCUAUCAAAGCUUCAUCUCAUGUCCUUGGAUCAUGGAAACCACUGACUGUCUUCACACCUUUGGAGGAAACUAUUUUAGCUAAUCUAACAUCACAGUCACUUGAUUUCCGAAUGGUUACUCCUAAAACUGUGGGAACUGUAACCGGAGGUGUUUUUGGCAAAGAUAAUUACGAAGUUGUUAAGGCUUCGUGCUUUUGGAAUACUGGCUCAUGUAAUGAAACUGGUGUGGAGUGUCGAGUAUAUUUCUUCAACUUGAAAUACAAUUCGUAUGAAAAGGCUUUAGAUUACGAUGACGGAAUUGUGGUCAUGAAUUUUCCAGUUGCAACUGAAGGCGAUUUUCCCAACCCGUUGUUUCAUGGAUUGUCUAAAUUAUUUGCAAAAAAACUCAAACGACCUGGAGACUGUUCCAAGGUUCACAGCGCAUUCACCUACCGAUGGUACUUGAAUUUCCCCCUCAAAAGUGUUUAUACUAGUUUUAAAGCGGAUUUCAACGACGAAGAAUUUGGAAAAAAAUUUUGUGCUGUUGUGGUCAACAUGCCUGUGAAUCGGCGUUUGAAUUACAUUUCAAAAGAACAGUUCAAAUCUACAUUUGGAAAAAUGAAUGGAAUUUCACAGGAAGCUGUGAGUGGUGAAUUCAUUCAAGAUGCCGGUGUGGCUAAGACACCAGUGGAAAGGCACGAAGGAAUUUGUGUUUUAAAUAUCCCAGCAUGAUUAUAGUGUGAUUCGAAAAUAUGUUAAAUAAUCUAAACAUUAAUUGAGAUUAAAAUAAAUAUCAUUUUUGUUUUAA